AUGUAAAAGUAUGAAGUGCUUGGCAUCAUAGGCAAAGGUUCUUAUGGUGUUGUACUUAAAGGUUAGAAUAAAGAAACAGGAGAGGUAGAGUAUAUUAAUAAUUUAGAUCGUAGCUAUCAAAUAAUAUAUUGGCUCUGAGGAUGAUGAAAGCAUUAAAAAAACAAUCCUAAGAGAAGUUAAAGUCUUAAAGAUGCUUAAUCAUGAUAAUAUUGUUAAAAUAAAAGAGGCUUUUAGAAGGUAUUUAUUUAUAAUAUAUUUCUAGAAAAGGCAAACUUUAUGUUGUAUUAGAAUAUGUAGAAAAAAACUUAUUAGAAUUACUUGAAGAAAAACCAAAUGGUUUAGAUGUAAAAUUGAAUUACCAUUAUAGCCUGAAUUAGCAAGAAGAUUUAUAUAUCAAUUAUGUUUGGCAAUUGCUUAUUGUCAUUCACUUGAAAUUUUACAUAGAGACAUUAAACCUGAAAAUUUAUUAGUGAGUGAUCAAAUGAUUCUUAAAGUUUGUGAUUUUGGUUUUGCAAGACUUAUUCCAUAAAAAUAAGGAUAAUUGACUGAUUAUGUAGCAACAAGAUGGUAUAGAGCACCAGAAUUAUUAUUGGGAGAUGAAUAUGGAAAAGGAGUUGAUAUUUGGGCUAUUGGAUGUAUAAUGGCUGAAUUGACAGAUGGGUAACCUUUAUUUUAAGGCUAAACUGAAAUGGAUCAAUUAUAUUUGAUUUGUAAAGUUUAAAUUACUCUGUAUUUCUUAGUUGUUAGGUCCUUUAACUAGUGAAUAAAAAGAAGCUUUUCUUAAAAAUCCACGUUAUGUAGGAAUGAAAUUUCAUGAAAUUACUAAACCAGAUACUAUUGAAAAAAAGUUUUAAUCUAAACUUUCAUUAAAAGCUAUUUCAUUUAUUAAAGGAUUAUUAAAAAUGGAUCCCAAUAAAAGAAUGACUAUUUUUGAAGCAUUAGAACAUCCUUAUUUUGAUGGUAUGAGAGAUGAUUAAUAUUAUUAAUUCUUAAAAGAAUUAAGAGAUAAAGAAUAAAUACCAAAAGAUAGAAUUCUAUCUGCAAAUAAAUUAGCAGCAAAAUAAUCACAACAAGUCAAUUAAUAAUAAUAACAAUAAAUAUCUUUAUAAUAAUAAUAAAUAUUUUCAUAAUAAAAAGAUAUCUAAACUAGUAAUAAAAGACCUGAUAAAUCUAAUGAAAGGUAUAUUAUUGUUAUUAAUCUUUUUAUAGAAAAAUAUAAUAAAAAGGAAAUAAUAAUGUUUCUGUCGAAAGGGUUAAUAAUUUUGUUAAACCUGCACCAAUUAAAACAGGAGAAAAAAAUACAGUAGAUUAUAAUCCUAUUAAUUAGCCUUCUUAAGAAUCUAAAUCAAUGCCUAAAAAAGAUGUAAAUUCCUAAUUAGGUUUUUUGUAAAAAAAUGUUAUCAUUGGAUAUUAGGAAGGCUAAUUUGAUAACUUUUUAUAAAACAAAAUGGCUUAAAAUUAUAAUUAUGAAAUACCAGAAAAUGAUUUAAAUAAUUCUACUGAGGGUGAAAAAAAAUCUAUGAAUCUUAGAGCUAGAGCAAAAAAAAAAUCAUUUAACCCUGAAAUUAAUGAAGAUGAUUAAACUACUAUCUUAAAAUUAAAACGAAAAGAAUAAUAAUAAUAUUAAUAACAAAUUCCAGUCUAUUAGGUUAAAAAGAAAUCUACUUAACUCAGGUAAAACUUUUAUCCUACUGAUGAAUAUUCUGGAGAUGAAUAGGAAGUCUAUUAAUCAAAAGAACUCUUGAGCAUAUAAAAAGGAUAAAAACAAUAAUUGUAAUAAUAAUACAACUACAAUAUUGGUGAGUGCAGAAAUACUCAAGAAGAUUAAGAUAGGAAUUUAAACAUUGUUUAUAACAAUAUAACUUAUAAUUAUAAUAUCAACAAUUCUCCUGGAUGGAUGAGCAAAAAAAGAAAUUGAUUAUUUCAGUUUUAUACC